AUGGCGGAACAGAAGUGGCGGUUCCGGCCAUGGAUAUUGGAGCCACUCUCUCUGGGCAUGACCAGCAAGCCCUGGUACGACGACCGUUUGUCUUCAAGGUGUUUUGCAAAGCAAAAGAAAAAGCUUCUGAAGUUCCCCACCUCGCUGGAUAGCCGGAGGUGGGUAUUCGUUAAAGAAGGAUUGGAUGACUUCAGGAAAGGCUGUCCCUCCAGUGAGGAUCUGAUCACUCAGGGCAGGAGCCACAAGGAGGCCUUUCUCCCAACGAUUUCUCACACAGUUCCCCAGCCUGCCCCCACGAAGAGUCGCAAGAAGUCCAAGAAUGUAGGUCUGUUUUCCACGCUCUCAAGGGCUCAACUGGCACGCAAGGCAUUUGUAGCGGAUGUUGAAGCCAGCCUGACCCAGCAUCCCUUGGCUCACUACCCAAAUCUGGAAGAAGAUCUCCCUGCAGAAAUCUUAUUAAAGGUGCUGGAAGUACUGGAUCCUGACAGGAAGCUGGAAGACACGUGGGCUUACUGUGAGGGCCAAGGCAAAGGGACCAAGGGACCCCGCAAGGUUUCCAAACGCUGUACUAAAAGAAGCUUCGCGGAACCUCCCAAGAUUCCCGGGUCAAAUAAAAAAAUAUUGGUUCAUGAAGAAGACAAGUCAAGUAAAAAAGAUUUGCCCCCUUCUCAGGGUCAUAAGCACAUACCAAAAGGAAUUAGUGACUUCUGCAAAUGGGUUGCUUCUUUUGGAGACUUGGUCAUUGAUGAAGAGUUCAUGAUGCAACAGGUUGACAGUGACUAUGAGUGCCAACCAACCUAUGAUGACUACCACAUCAAGAAAAUAAAUCUGCUUCCUUCUGAUCUCAAGUACUGCAACCAGCUAAACAAAGUGAAGGAGAUAAGAUUCUCCAUACAGGAACUAGACUUUGAGAGGAAACUCCACAAAUUCAAGAAUCCUUAUAAACCCGACUGGGUGAAGAUUAGGUAUGGGGCAUGGUACCUGAAGCCCAAGUUGUGGAGAAAGCUAGUCAAUGAUGAACCAUUGAUUGACCCCAAGGUCUUACGUGAAAGUCAAGAACCCCAUACUCCUAAACCAGACAUUAUUGACGAUCUUUAUGGGACAAUUGCCUUUAAGGAUUUCAUCAUGAGCAAAGGCUACAGUAUGCCAGACAUCCUUGAGAAGCUUUUUAUCAGGAAGGGAUGGAAUUAUGACUCUGUUAAGACUCCUAUACCAAAAGCAAUAAAAGCUCAUGCAAGCACUGAAGAUGAAGAUGACGAUGAUGAUGACUAG